AUGACACAGGCCUCAUCCACGGAGGCUCCGGCGCUGACUCCUCAGUUUUGCUUCGAUGAAAGGCUUCUUCAGGAUUUUCUCCGCCUUUCCCGAUCUACUAUUGAUGACUCGAUUGCACAAAACCUCAAUGCGCUGGUGACGCCGGCUCAGAGGGGCUUCGAUCCGUCGUCCACAGCCAUUCGGCAAACCGACUCCAGAGCUCGGAAAGCAAUCGACGCGAACGCGUGCCAGGGCUUCAAGGAUAAUGUUCUGUUCCCAUCAUGGCAGACUCGCUCGGAUGUGUUAAGCUACUGUGCCGGUGUUGCAACAAGUCCGGAUCCCGAGGAUCCGGACCUGAUUCUACGAGAAACCGAAUCCGCCCGAGACCGAGAACGUGUGGUUAAUGAGCGAUUGGAUCCCUAUUCAGCUCGCUUUUUCCCUCGAGAAGCUCGAACUGAGUCUCUGGCUAACUUGGUCCGCAACCAGCGCACUGUUGAAGAGAUCAUCCGGGCUCGGACGUGGGGCAUGGUGACCGAAAGAUGCAGUAGCUCCUCGGCUUCUUGGGAAGAUGCUUUGAAUACCUGGCGGCAGAGCCAUGGGAGAUAA